UUGUACGUCACAUACUAUAAAGAAGUAUACCAACUUGUUGUCAAGUCUACCAUCAACAGUUUCCUUUUUUUGCCUAAAUUUUGGUUUCCAUAACAACUUUGUUAUUAUUUUUUGUGUUGCCUAAAAUAACAUUCUUGAUAUCGUUUAUUUAAUUUCUCUUUCUUUAUCAUGAAUAGUUUUUCAAAUAUCAACUUUCAAAUCCCUGAAUUAUGGGAAGUCAGAGAUGUCAUCAAUAAAGUGUAUGCAGAUGUCCAUAGAAUGUAUAAACACUCACUGUUUCAUCUAGAAAGAAUGUUGUUCUAAACUAUACAGAAAUGGAAGCCAAGGUCCAUGAGGCCACCAACAAUGAAGCCUGGGGUGCUUCAAGUACAUUGAUGCAAGAGAUUGCACAAGGCACUUUUAACUAUCAAUACUUUAAUGAAAUCAUGCCUACUAUCUAUAAGCGAUUCACAGAGAAAGAGGCUAGACAAUGGCGACAAAUAUAUAAAUCUCUUGUCCUUUUGGAAUAUCUUGUCAAGAACGGUUCUGAACGUGUUGUGGAUGAUGCUCGAUCCCACAUUUCCAUGAUCAAGAUGAUGAAGAACUUUCAUUAUGUUGAUGAAAAAGGAAAAGACCAAGGUAUCAAUGUACGUAACCGUGCUAAGGAACUGGCUGAGUUGUUGAAUGAUGUGGACAUGAUCAAGGCGGAGCGCAAAAAGGCUAAAAAGAACCGCAACAAGUAUACAGGUGUUGGUUCAGAUGGAGGCAUGAUGUAUUCAUCAUCUUCUAGUAUGGGAGGACGCUAUGAAGGAUUUGGCAGUGGAUCUUAUGAUGAUUCUGAUCGUUAUGACGAAGACAGAUCCAAUCGUUAUGAUACUUAUGAUGAGCCUAAUCAUUAUAAUGAUACUGAAUCUAGUCCUGUUCAAGAAGAAAAGCAACCCAAGACAGCCAAAGAGUUAAACUUGUUUGAUUUUGAUGAACCUGUUACUCAUACAAAAUCGAACCAUGAUGAUGAUUGGGGAGAUUUUGCUGCUGGAGAUGAUAACUUGGAUGAUUUUGAUGAUUUCCAAAGUGCACCUCCUGCCGCUAAUACUACUACUACUACUACUACUGUUGCUAGUACUACAAAGGUACCCAAGAAGUCCAAUGAUAUCUUUGAUCUUUUAGGAGACGAAGAUACUUUUACAUCCACUCCUCAACAACAAAACCUUGUUCUUUCUCAAGGGUUUUCUUUUGAUACACUUCAACAACAACAACCUCAACAACAACAACAAACACCUAUGAAUGGCAUCUGGUCUCAAGCAUCAAAUCUCAUUAGCUUAGAUUCAUUAGGUUCAACACAACCUAAACCCACUCAACCUACACAAGGUCCUUCCAUGAAUGCACUAAAACAAAACGCCAAUUGGGACAACUGGAAUUCUGCACCCAAGAAACCAACCGCUAAUAGUUUAGAUGACUUGUUAUUUUAAAUAAAAAGGGCUUCGCUGUUUAAAACA